GGCGCAUUCACCAUCAACUUUUUGAAAUUAAUUUGUCGGCUAAUAAUUAUUGAAUUGGAGCAAAUGCACUAGAAAAAUGAAUGAAGAAACGCUGAAGAAUAUUCUGGCAACCACCUCGUCGAUUUGUACAAUUUUGCAGUUUUUAUCCGGAACCAUAACAUGCCAAAAAAUUGUAAAAAAUAAAAGUACAGGAGACUCGUCCUCGUUUUCGUUUGUAAGUGGAUGCUUGUCCACAUCUUUGUGGCUCAGAUACGGAUUUCUUAUCCAAGAUACUUCAAUUAUACUGGUCAACACUAUUGGAGUUUCAUUGUUUUUCUCUUAUAUUGUCGUUUUCUUUUUGUACAGCAUUAAAAAGAUCCAUGUCUUGCGUCAAUUGCUUUUCUGUCUUCUAGUCCUCAUCGUGGUUCUAAUGAAAAUCCACCGUACUGAAGAAACUGAGCUGGCUCGCAACUUUCUAGGGCUCAUUUGCGUUGUAGUCACGAUUUUAUUUUUCGCUGCCCCCUUUGCUUCCUUGCUACACGUCAUUAAAGUGAAAAACACUGAUAGCUUGCCUUAUCAUUUAAUUGUUUCUACUUUUAUCGUGAGCUUGCAAUGGAUGAUUUAUGGGGUAUUGUUAAAGGAUCAGUUUAUACAGGUGCCCAAUUUUUUGGGUUGUGUGUUAUCCGGUAUCCAACUGAGCUUGUUUGUGAUUUAUCCCAGCAGUAAUAGUAAAAGUUCUGGAAAUUCCAAAUUGUAUUCAAGUAAUGUUAUUUAAAUCAAAGUUUAAGACAAUUCCAGUAUCAGAUUAAUUACUAUUUAUUAAUUAGAAGAUUCUUAGACUAUAGAAUAAGUGACAGUUAAGUCUGGGAAGCAACUUACAUAGAAAUUUUAUUAAAAACCGGCUGAUUUGUUGCUUUAUUUUGACUCUGUAAGUUGAAUUAUUUUGUGAUGUAUGCCAUAUUAUUAUUUCUUAAGUCAUUUAUUUAUUUUUAUAAAUACAUAAUUAUGUUGUUUUACUUUGUUGAAUAAAAUCAAAUAUCAAACCACAUUUUUUUUUUUUUUAGCAAUUGAAACCUAAAAAUCCUCACAGGCGUACUGGUGGACCAAACAAAAUUAUUUUGCCUUGGACAUUGUUCCUCCAUAACUUUAAAAUAUUUUUCUAAAAAUAAUAAUAAUUGUAAUCUGAUUAUUAUUAUUAAUUUAAUUCUUACUAAUUUGUUGUAAAAAUUCCCUUAAAGUUUCUUGAUUCCUUUCAGUACAAGCAAACACAACAUCCUCAACUCCACAUUUUUCAGAAACAAUUCUCAAGGCCUCAAUAAGGGUUUGAAAAAGGUCUGUAUCAUAAACAACAUCUGCAGCCAAAAUAUAAUCAAUUUUAUCUAAAUCAUAUAAAUGCUCAUUUACAUUUUGCCAAGCCAAAUUUAAUACUUGACAAUUAUUCAAAUUUGUAUUAUUCAAUUGGAUAUUGUGUUUUAAAGUUUUCAGUACAGCAGGAUGGCAAUCGGAAAAGUAAAAUUUUCCAGGUUGACAUUGUUGAAGUAUCACAAGCCCUGUGAGUCCGAUUCCAGAACCUAAUUCUAGAAUGUUCUUGUUUAAUAGAGAGGCUUUAUUUUCAAGGCACCAUUCACUUAAAGCUAAAGAGGCCUAGAAAACUUUUUUACUAAUGGUUUAGUUAUAGUAACAGAAAUAUUACCUGCCAAGUCCUCAAGCCUGUUGUCCCUUCCGAUAUCAAAUUAACAUUUUCCAUUAAACUAAUAACAUUUUUACUAGUUUUAUAAUGUUUGUAAAAUAGUUCUGUUUCACAUGAUUUUGUUGCAAUUAAUUUAACAUAAGCUGAAAAUAUGUCUUCAUGUAUAUCCGAGCCAUCGCUUUCUAGUUUACUCAUUAGAUGUUUUAGGAAGACUUUUUGGUAGUCGAUUUUUAUGGGGUAUUUGAGGACUAGUUGCGAAUUGACUGUGGCAUUCAAAAGAGAUUC